CUCUUUUUUCACUUCUUCUUCUUCUUGUUAUUCUUUCUCAAUUCUCAAUCAUCAUCAUCAUCAUCAUCAUCAUCAUCAUCAUGGACAAUUCGAUUCUUCAAAAUAAUCACACUCCAACUCACUCCUCCCGUUCCACUUCUUCCAGGAGUCUAAGAGAUGUUCGCUACAGCUGUGGUUCUUGCGGAUAUGACCUUAACCUAUCUUCGUCCAACCGAAACACAUCAUCAAUAGAUUCAAAAUAUGGAAAAUCAAUAAAGCGAGGUAUGAUAUCAUUCUUCAAUAUUGAUGAUAGCAGGUUUACACAAGUUGAUGAAAUUGAAUGUGCUCCACAUUUUUCCAAGCAUUUGUGGGGUUUGUUUCGCCGAAAAACAAAGCUUCUUUGUCGCAAAUGUUGCAACCAUAUAGGUUAUGCAUACAAUGGUUACAACUCAUCAUCACCAUCUUUUAUUCUAGUAUCAUCAAAUGGAGCACAACCAUCACCUUCGACUAAAACACCGACAAGUGUGAAAUAUAGCAUUCGUAUUCGUGCCUUGCAGCCUUCCUCUUCCCAAGAAUCUGGAAAUGGAAUCUCUGUCUUGGCUUGAAAAUUUUACAUACGUGGUAGAUAUUGCAUUGUUUCUUCCUAUAUAGUACAUAAUGAUAAUCACCAGCAAUAAGGAUGUAUGGAGUUCAUUAUUGAUAAGUAAAUACACAAAACUCUGUUUUAGCUAUGAUUUUUGUGUUCAUUCUUCCAAUCUUCCCCUGUUUGUCUCAAGUGCUUUAAUAUUUUUCAUUUUGAAUUCUAUGUUGCAAAUGUUUGUUAAAUGUGUAAAUUUAGUGGGAAGAGAUUGAUUUUAUUCCAUUUAAAGACGUGUAAAAUGACAAGUUUCCUAAUGUUAAA